CUCUCGUCGUCGUCAGUCUCCGCACGCCGUCUCUCGUCUUGUUGCUGCUGCUGCCUCCCCUAUCCAGUCUCUGCUUCGCCGUGCUUGGUCUCCCUCUUCGCUGCCUGCGUUCUGCCUUCACAUCACAUCAUCAGGGGUUUAAACCAUGAGUAUUUGGCACUUCUCAAUUCUAAGCUUUAUGUUUAAAAGUUCAAACAUUUGAAACUUUAUUGCAUUCUUUUAUUUCUUUUAUCUGCAACAUACGACUUUGACAAAUAAUGAUUUGGCGGAAUUUGUUCAUAUUCUGUGCAUGAAGGGUUUAUGAUUAUAUACUUUUGAAAAUUCUAGUCACAAUUGUCUUUUAUGGGAAGCGAUAAAAACAAAUCUCAAAUUAGUUAUUUUAGAAAUUGAGACAAUUGUUAUUAAAAUAUUAGUGACAGUAUGUAUUUCAAAUUUUAAUUUUAAGUUUUUGAUUAUUUUAUAAUUUUUAUUUACGUGAGACCGAGUCAACCAGUUCAACCAGUAUUCCACCGGUUGAACCAAUGACUCAGUGACCCAGUAGUUUGCCCGGUUCUAUCACCGCUUCGGUUCUAACAACUAUGGUGGCGACUGCUUCUAUCAAAAUCUGAUUCCUUCAAUGCCUAACUCAAACCUAAAGCUCUUGUUUUCUGAAGCUUCUUCAACCACUUUCUUCCUUUCUCUUUGUGAUGCCGCACAACCCUGAUUCCUUCUCUCCUUCCCUGGCUUAGGAGUCCAGAAGAAGCUGACAUUGUAAUUUUGCCUGACAUUGAGGAGAGCAAUUGAGAGCUGGAUUCGAUUCAAGAUAUUUGUAUAUCAUUGCUGAAGUGGACACUGCUGAAAUGGCUUCAUACAAGGAGAAUAGAACUGCCCAAAUUCGGCUUGUGAGUUCACAUGAUGAGGUUUAUGAACCAUGUGAUGAUUCUUUUGCGCUGGUUGACGCUCUGCUUGCCGAUCGCUCUAACUUGUUGGAACAUUGUCCUACAAUGUGUAUGGAGAUUGGCUGUGGCAGCGGAUAUGUCAUUACUUCCCUUGCUCUUAUUCUUGGACGUGAAAGAGGUGGCGUCAACUAUAUCGCAACUGACAUAAACCCAAAUGCAGUUAAGGUGACCCGUGAGACAUUGGACGCACACGGGGUUGACGCAGAGUUGAUAUUAACAGAUAUUGCAUCUGGGCUAGAGAACCGACUAGCUGGUUUGGUUGAUGUCAUGGUUGUAAACCCUCCUUACGUACCUACUCCCGAAGAUGAAGUCGGCGCUGAAGGUAUUAUCUCUUCUUGGGCUGGAGGGGAAAAUGGAAGGAGAGUAAUUGAUCGGGUUCUGCCUGUUGCAGACCAUCUUUUGUCCGAAAAGGGAUGGUUGUACAUGGUCACCUUGACGGCAAACAAUCCGUCUGAAAUAUGCCUGCAAAUGAAGAAAAAAGGGUAUGCUUCUAAGAUUAUCAUUCAAAGAUCGACAGAGGAAGAAAGUCUACAUAUAAUCAAGUUCUGGCGCGAUUCCGAUACUACAGUAGAUGAGGAAGCAUUAAAACAACUUCACUAUCCCAGCUUCAAGGUUUCUACAAGACAGGCAUCCUUAAUUGCUAGGAGGUCACCUGCCUCUUUUGUAAGAGUUAACGAGUUAGAUUUCAAGGGAAUUAUUGCGUGAGUAAAUUAUCAUGGUUCUCAAACAAACCAAUCGAACAAAAACACAGAUGGGUAAAAAGAAACUAGUCGAGACACGAUGCUCACCUUGCUACAUUAACAACUUGUUUACCCACUUGGAACGACAUAAUGAGCAGGCUAAGUUGGCCGAGAUUGAGGCCAUUGGAUUUGAUUUUCUGCACCGGGUACCACAAUGGCAUGUGAAGCAGAGCAUCAUGCUCCAACUAGCUAAGGCCUAUGACGUGAAGACAAACACUCUCAGAGUCGACGCAGGGGACAUUCGCAUUACCGCCGAACUUAUCGGCAAUGUAUUCGGCAUACCUUCGCGAGGGGACCCAAUCUCGGAACUGCAGAAAAAAAUGCAUCGCAUUUGGCAAUUAAGAGAGAGUUUCAGAAGAAAACUACUACCCAACUACGAGACUGUCUUUGCCUGUCCAAUGGAGACCGAGCAACAGAGGAUGACCUUUAGAAGAUACUUUAGCAUGGUUGUUUUGAAGAUGUUUCUUAACCCCACAAGCCAGUAGACUAUUUCUCCAUGGCACCUCCCUCCGAUAUUGGAUGUCUCGAACCCAAGAAGAUUUCAUUGGCCGUAUCAGAUAUUAAAAUGGCUGCGAGAUGCGAUAAGGAAAUUCCAAGACGAGAACCGAGAAACAUGCGGCGGGUGCAUGUUCGUGUUGCUGCGCUUAAAGCAUGGUCCAUUGCAUGCAUGUCAAGUAUCCGAACCUUAGAUUGUUGAAUGGACCACUAAUGAACUUGAUAAGAAGGCCAGCCAUGUUAUUUCACAGGGUUGAAUAGUCAACAACGCAAAUAAAGA